AUGGCCCCCGACCUCAACUCCAUGCCCACCUCGGCCGCCCCCUCAGCCGGUCCGGGCCCGGGUGACGGCUCUCAGCCCAACAUCCUGUACAUAAUGGCCGAUCAGCUUGCAGCUCCCCAGCUCAAGAUGUACAACCCCGACUCCCAGAUCAAGACCCCCCACCUUGACCACCUGGCCGCCCAGGCCGUGCAGUUCGACUCGGCCUACUGCCCUUCGCCGCUCUGCGCUCCUUCGCGCAUGAGCAUGAUCUCGGGCCUGCUGCCCAUGAAGAUUGGCGCCUACGACAACGCCUCGCAGAUCGGCUCCGACGUGCCCACCUACGCCCACUACCUGCGCAGCAAGGGGUACCACACGGCCCUGGCCGGCAAGAUGCACUUUGUCGGCGACCAGCUGCACGGCUAUGAGCAGCGUCUGACCAGCGACAUCUACCCCGGAGACUUUGGCUGGGCCGUCAACUGGGACGAGCCGGACACCCGCCUGGAGUGGUACCACAACGCCAGCUCCAUCCUCCAGGCCGGCCCUUGCGCGCGCAGCAACCAGCUCGACUACGACGAGGAGGUCAUGUUCAAGAGCACCCAGUACCUGUGGGACCACGUGCGCGAGGGCCCCGACAAGCGCCCCUUCUGCCUGACCGUCUCGCUCACCCACCCGCACGACCCCUACACCAUCACGCGCGAGUACUGGGACCGCUACGAGGACACGGACAUCGCCCUGCCCAAGGUGCGCAUCCCCAAGGAAGAGCAAGACUCGCACUCCAAGCGCCUGAUGCACGUCUCGGACCUGUGGAGCCAGGACUUCAGCGACGACCAGAUCAAGCGCGCCAAGCGCGCCUACUACGGCUCCGUCAGCUACGUCGACGACAACGUCGGCAAGCUGCUCCGCACCCUCGAGGACGCCGACCUGGCCGAUAACACCAUCGUCAUCUUCUCCGGGGACCACGGCGACAUGCUGGGCGAGCGCGGCCUCUGGUACAAGAUGAGCUACUUUGAGCCGUCCGUCCGCGUCCCCAUGCUCAUCAGCUUCCCCAAGUGGUUCCAGCCUCACCGCGUGUCCCAGAACGUCUCCACCCUCGACAUCCUCCCCACCCUCUGCGACCUCAUCGGCACCAAGCCCGCCGCAAACCUGCCGAUGGAUGGCAUCAGCAUGCUGCCCCACCUCAGGGGCGACGAGGACGGCCACGACACCGUCUUCGCAGAGUACACCGGCGAGGGCACCGUCCGCCCCCUCUUCAUGAUCCGCCGCGGCCCCUGGAAGUACAUCACCUGCCCGGCCGACGAGCCUCAGCUCUUCAACCUCAAGCGCGACCCCCUCGAGCUCGACAACCUUGCCCGCUUCCGCAAGAUCGAGCCGACCACUCCCGAGGAGCAGGAGGCCCGUGAGGUCUUUGCCAAGUUUGACGCCGAGGCUUCCGCCAAGUGGGACUACGACGCCAUCACUGCCCAAGUCUUCCACUCCCAGCGCACCCGCCGUGUUGUCUGGGACGCUCUCAGGGUUGGAGAGUUUGACAGCUGGGACUUCAACCCCAACGAUGAUGGUCGCAAGAAGUACAUCCGGUCCACCAUUCCCCUCGAUGACCUUGAGCGUCGUGCUCGCUACCCCUUUGUCGAUGCUUACGGUGGCCACAAGGCUAUCUCGAGCCUUCGCGGAGCCUAA